UGCCUUUGUAGUAGCCAAUGAAUAAUUGCCAACUUCUUUCAAAGUUCCCGCCACUCGCGACCCUAUAAGAUGUCCCAGCUUCCUCUGUUCGGGGCUCUCGACCUCUGCCGUUGCAUCGGUGCGUGUCGAGGGCCCGGUCUCGAGCCCGUAUUAAACUCCUUUGUGCCCUUGCAUCGGUUGUCUGUGUCCUUGGGGGCUGCACUGGUCGACGUGGGCACAACAUUUUGGGGGCUCGUCCGGGAUCGACGAGUGCAGACCCCAACUGCCGAGCAACCGAAAGGAGUUCUAAAGCGCGCAGGUGAGUUCCAACACUCGCCCAGGCACAACCCGUACUGCCGGCUAAACUGCUUGGGUCCCACCCCAACACCCCGUCGGCACCUGCGGUUUUCCAAGACUCUACCCCGGAGGAACUUCUAUUUCCACCACCCUAUCAUAACCCUUGUAGUAACCCUCCCCAACUCCUGCGGUCGGCUGACCACCCUCCCCCAGAGGCGGGCGGGGCUCGUGGGCAGGGUCCGGCGGCAGGCACCCGCUCAGUGAAGGCGAAUUCCCCGGAUUCCACCGUCCUGCCCCUGCGUGUGGCAGGAUUGCCUAAUGAGCAGGGCAACCAGCCCAUGCACUACUGGCCGUUUGCGACCAGUGACCUCUACAACUGGAGAGCACAAAAUGCACGUUUCUCUGACAACCCUAAAGACCUUGUUAAUCUCCUAGACACUGUUCUAUUUACUCAUCAGCCCACCUGGGAUGAUUGCCAACAGCUCUUGCAGGUCCUCUUCACCACUGAGGAGCGAGAUCGUAUACUGACGGCCGCCAGGAAAUUAGUCCCUGGAGAAGAUGGCACACCCACCACAAACGCGGCCCGCAUAGAUUUAGUGUUUCCCUUGACCCGACCUGACUGGGAUUUUAACCAGGCUGAAGGUAAGGAGAGACUCCGGGUGUACCGCCAGACUCUAAUGGCAGGGUUGCGUGCAGCAGCCCGCAAGCCCACCAAUUUGGCCAAGGUAGGGGAUGUGCAGCAGGGAAGGGAGGAGACCCCCGCGGCUUUUCUAGAACGCCUCAUGGAAGCUUUUCGGCAAUAUACUCCUAUGGAUCCGGAGGCAACGGAGAACAGGGCCGCGGUGGUAAUGGCCUUUGUUAACCAGGCGGCUCCUGACAUUAAACAAAAACUACAAAGAAUAGAUAGGCUGGGAGAAAAAUCUAUUCGAGAUCUUAUGGAGGUGGCAGAAAAGGUGUACAAUCGCCGUGAAACUCCUGAGCAAAGAGAAGACCGCAUCCGCCAGGAAGAACGGAAGGUAAGGGCGGCUGAAAACGCACGCCACACUCGGGAUAUGGCCAGAAUCCUGUUCGCCGUCACUCAAAAGGACGACCUGGGUAAGCUACACCCCUCCCGCCGCCCCAGCUCCACAGGGACAGGCAGGACCCUACAGCGUGAUCAAUGUGCAUACUGCACUCAAAAAGGACACUGGGCCAAACAUUGCCCAAAGAAACGGGGAAUAACCUCAAACAACCCCGCCGUUUCUGACACUCCUGUCCUGGUGCUCGGGGGCACAAGAGAUGACAGUGACUAGGACCGUCAGGGCUCGACCCUCCCCGAGCCCCGGCUAACCUUAAAAGUGGAGGGGAGACCCGUUAAUUUCCUUGUGGACACGGGGGCACAGCAUUCAGUCCUCACGGAACCCUUGGGUAAACUUUCCGGUAAAACUUCGUGGGUGCAAGGGGCUACGGGAUGCAAGCAGUAUCCCUGGACCACGAAAAGAUCUGUAGACCUGGGAAAAGGUCAGGUCUCGCACACCUUCGUUGUAAUUCCUGAAUGCCCGUACCCAUUAAUUGGAAGAGACCUUUUAACCAAGGUAGGAGCGCAAAUCUCAUUUGGACAGGAAGGUGUCGAAAUCAAGGACUUUAAGGGCUCUCCCCUACACGUCCUCACGAUUUCCCUUCAAGAUGAGUACCGCCUUUUGGUGGCGCCAGAUCACCCACCCCUUUCUGGGUGGUGGAUGGAAUCUUUCUCGAAUGUUUGGGCAGAAACCGGGGGCGUUGGCCUGGCGUCCCACAGACCACCCAUUAUAGUCCAGCUAAAGCCUGGGGCUGAACCCAUUCGGGUAAAACAGUACCCUAUGCCUGCAGAAGCCAAGACAGGAAUAACGCCUCAUAUUCGGAGGCUAUUGGACAGUGGUAUCCUUAAAACAUGCCAUUCGUCAUGGAACACCCCUUUGUUACCGGUGCGAAAACCACACUCGCAAGACUUCAGGCCGGUACAGGACCUCAGAGAAGUAAAUAAACGGGUCAUAGAUAUCCACCCCACAGUCCCAAACCCUUAUACCUUGCUGAGUGCCUUGCCACCUACUCAUGUGUGGUACACAGUAUUGGACUUAAAAGAUGCCUUCUUUAGUCUACCACUAGCACCCCAAAGCCAGGAAAUGUUUGCCUUUGAAUGGCAGGAUGCGGAACGGGGCAUCAGUGGACAAUUAACUUGGACAAGGUUGCCUCAAGGGUUUAAAAACUCUCCCACCCUUUUUGACGAGGCCCUUCAUGAGGAUUUAAGAAAAUUCCGCAGCCGAUUUCCCGAACUAACUUUGCUCCAGUAUGUUGAUGAUCUGUUACUUGCAGCGGAAAGUGAGCAUGCCUGCCGAACAGGAACAGCCGAAUUACUGACGGAACUGGGCCAGAUGGGAUACCGCGUCUCCGCAAAAAAGGCACAAAUUUGCCUGCCCGAGGUAAUCUAUCUGGGCUACCGCCUCAAAAACGGUUAUAGGUGGCUGACGGAAGCCAGAAAAGCUACUGUCUUACAGUUGCCGACACCCACCACCAAAAGGGAGGUACGUGAGUUCCUGGGAUCUGCUGGGUUUUGCCGGCUAUGGAUACCUGGAUUCGCAGACCUGGCCCAACCCUUGUAUGAGGCUACCCGGGAAAAAGUAACUUUUCAGUGGACUCCCCAGAUGCAGCAGUCUUUUGAGUCCUUAAAGAGGGCUUUACUGUCUGCACCAGCCCUGGGUCUUCCGGACAUUACAAAGCCUUUCCAUUUGUUCGUAGAUGAGGCAAAGGGCAUAGCUAAAGGGGUGCUCACUCAGUCCUUGGGCCCCUGGAGGCGUCCUGUGGCUUAUCUGUCUAAAAAGUUAGACCCGGUGGCGUCCGGCUGGCCACCGUGCUUACGCAUGGUGGCAGCGGCUGCCCUCCUUUUCAAGGACUCCCAAAAACUGUCUCUGGGACAAGUUACUUCCAUAACCACCCCCCAUGCGGUGGAAGGAGUCCUCAGGCAGCCGCCAGAGAGGUGGAUGAGUAAUGCCCGAAUCACGCAUUACCAAAGCCUAUUGCUCAACCCAGAGAGGGUCAAUUUUUCGCCACCCACGGGGCUAAACCCCGCCUCCCUCCUACCUGCCCCUGACCUGGAGGCCCAUCUAGACUGUGUUGAUAUCUUGGCCCAGGUCCAAGGGUUACGCCCUGAUCUGCGAGAUAACCCUCUGCCGGACGGACUGGUUUGGUUUACGGAUGGGAGCAGUUUUAUCCACGAGGGCCGAAGAGCGGCAGGGGCGGCAGUGGUGUCCAUGCAGGAAGUCAUAUGGGCUGAGCCUUUGCCAUCCGGGACGUCCGCUCAAAAGGCUGAACUAAUUGCCCUAACCAAAGCUCUCACCUUGGCUCGAGGGAAAAAUUUAACUGUGUAUACUGACAGCAGAUAUGCAUUUGCCACGGCCCACGUACACGGGGCCAUAUAUCGAGAGCGCGGGCUCUUAACCUCCGACGGCAAAGGCAUUAAAAACGCUCAAAAAAUUAUGGAUCUCCUGGCAGCGCUGUGGCUACCACGUAAGCUGGCUAUAGUACAUCAUCCAGGUCAUCAAAAGGACUCCUCGACUCCAACUCAAGGUAAUAAGCGGGCGGAUGAGGCAGCACGCCAAGCUGCCCUAAUGCCGGUAGAUGCCCUGACAGUAAAACUCCCAGACCCAGGGGACCCGCAGCUGCCGGAAGACCCAGAGUAUAGUGCUAUGGACUUUGACUACAUACAGUCUCUACCGGGUGCUUUUUCUUUGGGACACUGGUGGUACACCCAAGAAACUAAGGCCAUCUUGCCAGCACACUUGGCCACUGAUCUCAUUCAGCGCUUGCACCGAGCCACGCAUUUGGGAGAGAGAAAAAUUCUAACUCUAAUCAGGCAAUGGAACCUCCAUGUCCGGGACGCAACCUGUACCGUGCGACAAGUAGUGGCAUCCUGCCAGUCGUGUGCCAUGGUAAACGCCACCAAGACAACCGGUGAACCAGGAAUGAGGCCGCGAGGAACGCGCCCGGGGGUCCAUUGGGAAAUAGACUUCACCGAGGUAAGACCAGGUAAAUUUGGCUAUCGAUACCUGCUGGUCCUGGUGGACACGUUUUCCGGAUGGCCGGAGGCGUUCCCGACAAGAGGUGAGUCAGCUCGAGUGGUAGCCAAUCCUGUUGGAAAACAUUUUUCCUAGAUUUGGCAGGCUCACCAGGAGGUCUGGCCCCGCCUCAGAGCGCUCUAUGAAGGGGGAGGACCUUCUCAGACAGCCCACAAAUUUCAGCCUGGAGAUCUUGUCCUUGUCCGCCGACACAAGACCGACGGUCGUGGCCUCCAGCCCCGGUGGAAGGGUCCCUACAUCGUCCUCCUGACCACACCCACCGCACUCAAAGUGGACGGCAUCGCGGCCUGGGUUCAUCACUCACACGUCAAGACGGCACCAACUGACGACUCCCAGCUGCAGUGGCGAGCCCGGAAGCAUCCCACCAAUCCACUCAAGCUGACUCUUCAGGCGCUCCCGGCUACAACCCAUCGCUCCCAGACCACUGCCCACGCCGUGAAAAAUGACACCAAACUGUAA